AUGGCGCAGAAGAAAACAACACAAAAUUUGCUGACUUGGUGUCUGUCUUCAGUGGAAGGAAAUGAUGAAGCUAUCCUAUCAUGGAGUUUCUAUGGUCUUGCCAAUAACCAGUUUAAUAAAAUUGGUGGUCCAGUAGACAACACAGUACUGCAAGAUGAUUCCAUACCUAGUUCUGAUGAAGCCAUUCUUAUGUAA